AUGGCCGGCGCGGCGGGAGGCGGCGGGAGCGGUUGCCUCCCGCGCGAGCUCGGAGCGAGCGAUGAGGAGGAGUGCGGGUUGGGGGGAGAUUUCCCCCUCAACCCCUACUUCUACAGAUUGCAAAGUGUCGCCCGCCCCCGCCCCCGCCCGCCCGACCGUGUGGGGUUGCCGCGCAAGAAGCCGCGCGAGUUCAAGCCGGCCUUCGACCUGCCCGAGGCGCUCGCCGCCGCCGCCGACGGCCACGUGCCGAGCUGGGACGCGGAAGGCAGCGUCGUGAAGAACUACUCCGCUUUCGGGGUCCUGGCCAACCCCAACCUGCUCGGCGCCCACUCCCGCGGCACGCGAGGCCUCGUCCAGAGUGCCUCGCUGCAAGCGCCCGACGUCGACGCCUUGCGCGCCCCUGUGGACGAGUUCGGCCCCGUCGACACCGGCAGUGACCUCGAGUGCGACGAUUGUAACAAGGUUGGAUGAAUUGUGGCCCUUUCUCGUGCACCCUGUGGUACGAGGUGCUUUUGUGGAUCAGGUCGACAUCCCAGCUCUCCAUCAAUAAGGAGGACUUCAUGGACUGGUUGUAUCCGGCCAUCCAAAGGGCACUUCUUCGCCCACGACACGAUCGGCGUACAUGGAUGACAGCAGUGGUGGUGGGCCUUGCGGCAUCACUCCGCGUGGGCUAUAACGCUGUAAUUUGUUUUUUCGUGGCACUUUCUGGUUUGUAAAAAAAAAAUCCUUCUCUCGAUGCAUCGAAAAACAAAUGUUCUCUU